GUUGACAUCGAGCAAAAUACACAGACGUUGUACUGUAAGUAAACACGUUUGAAUGUUGUAUAUUACACGUAGAAAUCACGAAAAUCAUCUAAGUUCUCCAAUCGACACGUGCUUCUUUUAAUGUGAAUGUUGUCUCUACUAACCCGUAAAUCGCAUGUGAUUUCGCUUGAUGCAGUCAAUUUUGUCCUUCACUUCAUGCUGAUUACAGGCAUUAUGGGCUAGGAUGUGUACAAUGAUCUCAAAGUCCAGGGACAUUUCAUGUGUAAAAUGGAUGUCUGCAACAAACGGUGCCCUUUUAAUUCUACUAAUAUCCAUUUCUGCUUCUCUCGGUGCAGACAUUUGCAAAGAUUCUGUCAAAGGUAGUGUUCUCAAAACCAGAAUUCACCAGAGUUCCAUUCCAAAAGGUGGUACUCAUGCUGGCCAGUACACAAAGGACACCACAUCAAGUAGCCACUGGCUAUGUAUAGUGGCAUGUUGUCAAGACCCAAAAAGCUGUGACUCUGCCUUCUUUCACAAGAACAUAUGCUACCUCAUCAAAUGUAAUGUGACCAACAUUGGGGGUUGUGAUGCGGUUCAGAAGACUGAUGCAAAAUAUAAUGAUACCUUUUACAUAAACGUCAGGGACGUAGAAUAUCAGCAUUGCGACCUGCUGAACAAUAAUGGCUGUAAUGAAAGGGAGGAAUGUAGAUACAUUUCUGGAGCCACAGUGUGUGUUUGUAAAGUGGGGUAUGUCCAAGAUCAGCUGGGAACUUGUGUAGCCGUAUCCUCCUCGUCUUCCUCAGGGACAGACAUUAAGGAGUGCGAGUAUCCUCUGGAUAACACUUGCCCCGAGCAUGAGGAGUGUUAUCUCCCGGGACACACCCACAGCCGUGUGGGCACCUGUCGGUGUAAGGAUGGUUACCACAGGGAUAGCACCAAAGCAUGUGUAGCAAUGGUUACUAAAGUGUCGGACUUAUCCACAACGCAGUCCACAACCAAGGCAAACAUUGAAAACUCCGUCAAGGUGUGCGAGUAUGGGCUGAACUCUUGUGGAAAACACCAGGAAUGUUACCUUCCCAAAAACUCCCUGAGGAGGUCAGGAAUCUGUGUGUGUGUGCAGGGCUUCUACAUGGGGACCGAUAACCACUGUGUGGGCAAUCCAAGCACUACACCAAUCCCAAGUACAACUGAAAAGAUCAUAAGUACCACACCAAAAGUAGCAGGUCAUAGGAGUAAACGAGGAAUGAUAAAUAAGACAAUUUCCAUAUUAACAGUGUCAGCGGGGAAAAGUAAGGAGCUGCAACUGCCUAAAGAUGAAACUGCGCUGACCUGCUUUGUAGUGGAGAAAGAAAAAAAAGGAGAGAAAUUUCAGUAUGAAUGGUCUCUGAUCACCCAUCCUGACGGUUCAGAGAAAGGAACAAUGGUGGGGAAAAACACGGACAAAUUGACCAUCUCAAAGUUAAUAGCAGGGCUAUACACUUUCAAGAUAGAGGUCACAGGUCAAAAUCGGAAGGGAGAAGCUUUCAUCAAUGUCACAGUUUUGCCUCCUACCAGACAGAACAGUCCACCAGUUGCUGUUAUAAAGCCCACAAAGCAAACUGUCAAACUUCCCCAUUCUGCCAUUUUGGAUGGUUCAGACAGUUCUGAUGAUGAUAAGAUUGUGAAGUACCUGUGGGAGGAGAUGAGUGGCCCUCUUCAGGACCACAAGAUACAGGACGACAAAAACAUGCUGACCCUGAAGGAACUUGUUCCAGGAAAUUACAUUUUUAAACUGACUGUAACAGAUUCAGAUGGUGCUACAAAUUCAACUGUUGCCAAUGUAACUGUGAUAAAAGAGACUGACUAUCCUCCAAAAGCCAAUGCUGGAUCAGAUAAAAUGAUUCACCUUCCACAAGACUCGGUCAUUUUGUAUGGGAAUUCCAGCACCGAUGAUAAGGGAAUCAAAAGUUAUGAAUGGAUUAAAUCUGCAGACGACAAAUUAGCAGCUGAUAUGACAGGUACUACCUCCCCAUUUCUACACCUCUCCAAGCUACAGGAGGGGGACUACAGCUUUACCUUGAAAGUGACGGAUACAGCCGAUCAGGUUUCCACAGCAUCAGUUCACCUGUUUGUAAAGCCAGAUGUCAACACCGCCCCAUUGGCAGUGACAGCUGGAAAGCUUACAAGGGUCCUACCUCUGAAGGGACUGGUGUUAGAUGGCAGAAACUCUACAGAUGACAAGAAGAUUGAGGUUUACUCUUGGACACAGACUGGGGGCAGCCCCACUCUGAAGAUAAUGAACAGCAACUCAGCCUUGGCCACGGUAGUGGGAGAUAUAACUCCGGGAGAGUACAAGUUCAUGCUGACCGUUACUGACCAGGAGAAACUAAAGUCUACACAGGAGCUUACAAUUACUGUCAAAGAAUUACCAAACAAGGCACCUAUCAGCCAUGCUGGUGGGGAGAUAAUUGUGACUCUCCCUGUUACGUUGGUGGAAAUCGAUGGUUCCAAGUCUUCAGACGACAAGAAAAUAGUUAGAUACAGCUGGGCAAGGGAUGCUAAAAGUCUGGCAGCCGGGGACAUACUGAAUAACACGGACCACGAGGCUGUCCUACAGCUGGUUAAUCUGGUGGCGGGGAAAUACAUCUUCACACUGACUGUGUCUGAUGCUGAGGGUUUAUCAAGUUCUGACACAGCCAAGCUCCUAGUUAAAGAAGACCCACAUAAGGAUGACCUUAUAGAGUUGACCCUUGAUACAAACCUGGGGGAGUUCACAGUGGAAGACAGAGAGAACUUGAGGAGUCAGCUCGCCUCCAUGUUGCCCAAGUCUGCUGACAGUGAUAUCAAUAUAGAGAUACAAAACCUCCAUAUGUCUCCUAACUCUCUACUACAUGUGAGUUUCUAUGUGGCCAAUGUCUGGAAGGAAUCCCAUGACUACAGGCCAGGGAUGGAGACAGCUAAACUCCUGAAAAAACAGCUGGAGGCCUCCAACUACCAUAUACUCAACUUCAAAGUCCUUUCCCUAGACACAAUAGUUUGCCAAAACAAUUGUUCUGGGCAUGGCUACUGUGAUAAUAAGUCCAAAACAUGUGUAUGUGAUGCCUUCUGGAUGCAAAAUUUCUUUAUUUUCCAUGUCAUGAAUGGGGAAAGUAAUUGUGAUUGGAGUAUUUUAUAUGUCAUCAUCGUCUCUUUUCUUUUGGUUGUGGCCUUGGCAGCUAUAGUUUGGGGAACAAUCUGCUGGAUUAAAAAACGGAGGUGUAAAUGUUAUAGAUGGAAAACCAGGAAGCGGCAUAGGUAUUCUCUUCUACAGGAAGUGGAUGAUGCAAAGGAUGAAAUAAAAUUGUUGCCAAAAGGAAAACCACAGAGCAGCAGUGUGAUGAUAUCAGAUUCUGAUUUGACAAGUGAAGAGGAGACUCUAUUUAUUAACCAUAAAAAGACCAAUGGUUUCAUUCAGAAGCCUUUAAAUGGCGUAUCAAAGCAUGUAAAGACAAAGCUUCGAGCCUAACAGGCAAUGAUCGCUCAGUGCUAUAAUUUAUUCUGUAAUGUACAAUAGAUUUAAAUUCUGUUAGCGUGGAAUAUAUAUAUAUAUACUGUAUCAUGGUGCAAUUUCUGUCAUGCGAUGCUGUAAGUCACUUACAUGUCAUGAGGUUUUAUUUGUGUAUCUUGUGGGAUUUCUUUUUGUGGGCGUUCAGUUUAGGUCAUCACUUGUGUACAUAUACAAGAUCAUUAACAAGAACCUUGUUUAGCAUCAUGGCAACCUCACAAAUUUACACAAAAAUAAUUCCUCAUGAAUGAAAAGUGAUUUACAGUGUGGGAAAUAUAACUGAUAUUUUUGUUAACUCCAUGAGGGAUAUACAUACAUAUGCAUAUGUAAAAUUAUUUUUAUCGUAACGAUGCUUCUGAUUCACUGAUUUGAUGUACAACUAUUAUAAACUAGGGGUGAACUCGAGAUACAUGGAUAUAUUUUAUUUCACUCCAUGAUUGUGUGAUUUCCGUGAGUUUAGUAUGGACAGUAGUGGUAGAGAUUGGGUCUCAAGCUUUCAUUUUCAAAAUAUAAUAAUGCAAGAAAUAAUAAUGCAAGAAAUGGGAAGUGUGUGAGACGGGAAAGAAGCACAAGUUUGAUCUCAGUUCUACGGUCUUGGUGCUUUAGGACUCUCCUUGACUAUGGCAAUCAAUAUGUCCACAACCAUUCUUUGUGUACUGGUACAGGCUUGGUCUGUUAAUAGAUAUUUACUGAAUAUUGAAGCAUAAUGAAACAAUGGUGUUUUUUUUCUUUUGCAGUGUGAUCUCUGGUUUUAUUUAGUUAAUUUAUUUAUUUCCUACCUUGCAGUGUGUUGUUUUCAUAUAAUGUUGGAUGUGAAAUGGUAGUUCAAAUUGUAGAGUUUAUUUUUGUCAUUGUAAUGUUAUCUUCACAAGUAUUUUUUAUCCAAAUAACAAACAUGAUUAAAUGGUCUUAAAACAGUCUUAACAGUCAAGGUGAUCAUGCUUGCAAGUUUCCGAACAUUGUUUAGAAUAAUUCAGGCACUAUUUUUCUAAAUAAAAAAAAACAAAAAAACUCAAGAAUCAUUCUAGAUGUUAUUAAAUUUCUCAUGUAUUCAUAGAAUGUUGGCCGUUUUAAGAAUAUGAUCUUUAAAAAGAAGUCUGAUAACGGGAUACUUGUCUUAAAUACAUGAAUAAUCAUACUUGGCUUUGAUUUGCUGAUAUUUGUAGCAAAUACAUGGCAUACCUCGACCAUUGCUGAUCACAAGAUCAUGAUUAUUUUACAAUUUUACAUACAGAAUAUAUCAGUAACAGCAAUGUGAUGUGCAAUGACUAGCAUGCAGUAAAUACUCUGUGUAUGUGUGCACAUGUAUUUAUAAAUACACUACAGUCGUGAGUAUGAUAUUAUACAGGAAGUUAGGCGUGAUCAAGUGGCUUGUACAUGUACACGAAUCUCGGAAGUAGUCAGGAAAAGGUGUAGGUUCCCAAAGCAUCAUAUUCCUUAAUAUUAAUGCAUUCAUUGAACAUGAUCAACUUAAAAUGAAAUUUAUGAAAUCUAUUGAAUGUUCAUCUAUGAAUAUGAUCAAAUUAAGAUUAGAUUGAAUGUGUUGACUAUUUCCUGUAGGUGAAUAUUUUCCUGAGGUGCUGAUUUAUAUCACUUACAGUGGAAACAUUCUCCAAAUAUAUCAAGGGGGCUUUCUAGACAUAACAAAUGCAUAUGAUAUGUGCAAUUUUGCUUUCAGUUUGAGAUUAAGCACAAGCUUCAUUUAUGAUAUUAAUCUUUUGUAUGCUUUUCAUUGUAUCCAUCAAAUUCUGGUAAUCAAAAGAGUUGUUGUUUGUUUGGGGUUUUUUUUUCUUUUUUUUUUUUUUCUUUUUGCUGAUAUAUUUGAUGUGUAGUUAUUGAUUGAAAAUACUUUUAGGAAUUUUCAUAUGUAUGCACUAACAUUUUGUGCUGACAAAUAUAUAUGUACCAGUAAACAUGAAGUGGUACAUGUGAAGGAAAUUUACAUACUAUUAUUAGUUGAAAUGGACAUUUAGGAUUUUUUCCCCCUGUAAAUAGUGGUAUUUCAUUGUAUAUUUGUUGAUUUCUAUAAUUACAUUUUGUAGUAAAAUUUACAUUUGCUGGGAUAGCAGAAUCUAGAACAUUUCAUCAUGAAGAACACAUGUAGAAAUCCUUCUUUUCAAUACGACUCUGGAAUGUUUAGUUUGUAAAGUAUUUGUCAUUGGCGUUUUCAAUAAUCCCAGCAUGCACUUUGCGUAUGAAUUAUUGUUCUCAACUGAGUAUUAUUAUUCCCUGCAGCUGCAUUCCAGUUCAUAUUGUACAUGGUGUAUUUAUAAACCGAUAUGAAAUCCUGAAUAUUGUUUAGCAGAUAUAUAGAAAUGUUUACAAAUGUUACAAUAUUGUUAUUGUUGAUUAUGUACAUUAUGAGAACAGAUGAGAGGAGAUCUGUUUGUAGAAAGUUUUGUGGACAAGGGGGUACUUGACUGAUUGAAUUUGAAAUCAUUUUUUAAAAAAUUGGUAGACAAAGUAUAUGUUGUUAUUUAUUUUAAACUUAAUUCUAUUGUGUUUUGUUCUGCAUUCCAUUUUAAAUUACCUAGGGGCCAUUCACUUGAUGAGGAGAAAAUGAAUCCUGUUUUAUUACCAAUAUACAGGUUCAGUACUAUAUAAUUUCAAAAUCUUUUCUCACAUUACAUUGCAAAUUUAGGGGGUGUGGAUGCAGGGUCUACAAAAUCAAUAUAUGUAUUUACAAACCAGGGUAGAUCCAGGAAAUUGUGAAAGGGAGGGAAGGUAAUUGUAUGAUGAUUGCUUAUAAGGCCCCCAAGGAGGCAAAUAUCUCUCUCUCCUAAAACUUCUUAGUUUUAAGCUUAAAGACCCAUCUCAUGACCGUAUGGUCAGUGAAAAUGUAAACAGAUGUUAUUUACCUGGAGUGGCCAGGGUCUACCAAGAUGUUAAUUGCUAUGGGCAGUUUCAAGAUUUUGUAACAUCUUUGUGAGAUAUAGAUCUUUAUAAUCAUUUCCGAUGUUUUAGAUAUGUUAAAACUUUUCAGAAAGCUAUCAUUGUCUUGGGGAUCUGGGGACAAGCCCCCAGGAGUUAGAUCACGAAAGAGCCUCAUAUUCAGUAUUAUUGUACACAGAUUACAAUAGAAGUCCUAUUGGUGGCUGUCCAGGAGGCGAAGCUCUUGGAUCCGGAAAAUACUGCUAGAUUUUGGUUUGUCCAUUAAUGUAGGUGUGCAUAUAUUAGGUGGAAAAGUGACAUUUAGUGUACAAGGAAUACAGUGGAAGUCUCAGGAAGCUCUUGGGUCCAGCAAUUUAAAUGAAAUUAAAGAUGCUGUUUCAGUUUGAUUUUUCUCUACAGACAAAGAAAGGGAGCAGCCUAGACCUCCCCUUUGGAUCUGCCCUCCCCUUUGGAUCUGCCCUUGAAUAUAGCACAUAGACAUGUAUAUAUGCAACUUACUUAGACAUUCUACAAAUGAAAAAAUGGUGAAACAAUACAUAUCAUUAUUCGUAGAGAUCUCAUCUAUUUUGCCAUGUCAGGACGUUAGGGGUAUAGUCUUAAAUGCAGAAUUGUAAUCCAACAAAGUAGACAAAUUUCAGGUGGCAAAUUGGGGAUUCUUAUUUUCUUCAUAAACUGCAUGCUUUUGCUAUAAUUUUUUAAAAUUCUUUCUGGCUAGUUCUGAGAAGGUAAUUAAGAGCAUUGGUAAUGGUACCAUAUUGGUGUAUAUUAUGUGCGCAUAAUCUAGCCUAUGCCUGGUCUUUCACAAGAUACUCUUACUUUUACAAUGUAUUUAUUAAAGGGAUUAUUUCUAUUAUGUAGCCCAGGUGUUUGAGAACAAAGGUUGUGAUUUACAACAUUUAUUAUGAUUUCAAAUGCAGUAAUAUUUACCUAGAAAAGAUUAUUGAGGUAAAAUGAAAAUACUAGUGGCAAUGUUAGUUUAAUUUGUUAGCAAGGUCAUAAUUGUAUUGAUGAAUAUAUAUAUAUAAAAUAUAUAGAGAGGGGUUUUAAUACAUGUAUCAGUAAAUUAUUUAAGAUUAGAAAUAUUGCAUGCAUUGAAACUUUCUGUGCAUCUAUUCUAGGAAUAUUUUUAUUUUUACAUAAGUAUCCAACACCUCAAACUUAAUUUGACGGGUUCUACUUUGCACAUUAAUUAUUACCUACAUUUACUUUACCGCUAAUUACUUCAUGGUAUUGAAAUACUGCAUCAGAACUAUUUUUAAUAUGUUCAAUUUCUUUUGAUAUGUAUAACUGACUUCAUUGAUUUGAUUUUCUCUUGUGAAAUGUUGAUAAUUUUGUGUGCAAGCUGAUGAUCAUGAGAUGAUGACCGGAGCAAAUAAAAUCUCUACAAAUACCA